CCAAUGCAAUGAUUAAAAUGCAAGAAGACCUUCAUUGUUUGUAUAAAUGGUUGUGCGUAAACAGACUGCAAUUAAAUGUGAACAAGACAAAGUUUAUGGUCAUAUAUAGAGCAGCUAACGUUAGCUCCGAUAAUUACAGUUUAAAAAUUAAAGAUGAAGUAAUUGAGAAAGUGAGAAUCAUUAAAUAUUUAGGUAUAUAUAUCGAUGAUAAGUUAAAAUUUGAGGAACAUAUUGACUACACAGUAGCAAAAAUUGGUAAAAAAAUUGGUCUCAUGAAAAGAUCAUCAAGCGACACACAAAUAGAUAAGCUUCAAAAAAUGCAAAAUAGGGCUAUGCGAUUUAUCUUGAACAAGCGGUACGACACACCCAUACAGGAAAUGAUCGCUAGUCCUUUCCAUCCGUACUGGCUGGAUGACUCUGGAUUUAGUCCAUUCAGAUCACCCAUAAUGUAUGAAAUAAGAAGGUCGGCAUGGAAACUAGUCCUUUCCGUCCGAUCAAAUGGCGCGACUCUGGAUUUCGUCCAUUCAGAUCGCCUGCCGGUAGAGAAGUUUAUAAGAAGCGGCUUGGAAACUAUUCCUUUCCAACCGCUCAGUUGUGGCGGCUCUGGAAAUUACACUCUUAGACCGCAUAUCGUACGUGAUAUAUUUACGGUACUGCUUGGAAUCCCGUCCAUUCCAACAGCAUCGAGAAUAUGCUAUCUUAGUUAAAUAUACAUACUAUUAUAUAGCUUAGAAGGAAAAAUGUAACAGGUUAACGUAUUUUAAGCAGUAAAUUUAACUUUACUUUUAUUGUAUAUUGCAAUACAUAAUUCAAAUGUAUAUACGUGAAUGUAUAUAGGUCAAAUGACUGUAAUAAAUAAAUAAAUAAAUAAAUUUAAAUUUUAGUAUAUAAAAAAGUGAUAUUCGUGAAUAUACAUACUUCAGAAUUUAGCUCAAGAUUUAUUUAACCCUAGAAAGAUAGCCAUAUUACAACUUACGUAAAAGAUAGGGCCUGUUCGAGGCACGUAAUAAAAGCGGCAUUACUGCCGUACUGAUGAAAAAUGGCAACAUUGUUGCAACUGCCCUACUGAUAAUACAUUGCUAGAAAUUCACACAGAACGCGAUACUUUAAUAAUUCGCGCAACACUGCGGUUGUAAUUGCAACUCGAACAAGCCAAUAACCAUACGCUACAGAAGGGCACGAUUUUCUAGAGCGUAUAU